AUCGUUGCAGUUUUACGGCGUCGCUGCUCAACCGCAUGUAUUCAUAAGCUAUUCAACAGUGCCGAUGAUGCGGUGAAUGACGUAGUUUCUGGUGCUAAAAUCCUUACAGGAGGUUUUGGUUUGUGUGGAAUGCCACAAACUUUGUUCAAAGCAUUAGCUGCCAAAAAUGUCAAGGACCUUACCAUAAUUGGUACUAGCUGUGGCCUGAACAAUUAUGGUCCAGAACGGCUUAUAAAAAAUAAUCAGGUGAAGAGAGUUGUGACUACGUACGUAGUUGGCAACCAAGAAGUUAUUCGCCGAUAUUUUGCUGGUAGCUUGGAACUUGAAAUGAUUCCCACGGGUACGUUGGCGGAGAGAAUACGUGCCGCGGGUGCAGGCGUACCCGCCUUCUACUGUCCAGUGGGGUCGUCCACAUUAGUCGAAGAAGGUGGAUGGCCGGUUAAAUAUAACGAUAAAGGAGAGGUGACUGAAAUUACCGACAGGAAAGAAAAGCGAAUUUUCAACGGGGUACCAUAUUUACUAGAAGAAGCUCUGUUUGGUGACGUCGCGUUCGUCAAGGCGUGGAUGGCAGACACAGACGGAAAUCUCGUCUUCAGGAAAACAGCGAGGAACCUCAAUCCCGACGUGUGUAAGGCGGCCAAACUUUGCAUCGUCGAAGCUGAGAAAAUUGUCCAGGCCGGUGAACUGGAUCCAAACGAUGUCCAUGUACCCGGUCUCUUCGUACAUCGGAUUGUCCAAAGCCAAGAGAAAACGCCAAUCGAAAAAGUAAUCUACCAGAACGACGAGGUUUCGAAUCCAGCUGCAGAAUUACGCCAUCGCAUCGCUCGACGAGCUGUGCUGGAAUUCAGAGAUCAUAUGAACGGUGCGUUUUGUCUUAAUAGCCAUUUUUGCAAUGGUUCUUAUCCUGUUCCUGGAGAAGAGGAUCCAGAUUUGAUUAAUGCCGCCAAAGAAUCGAUAACUGUUAAGCCUGGCGCGGCAUAUUUUUCUACCGUCGACAGUUUCGCGAUGAUACGAAGCGGUAAAAUCGAUUUAGCCAUCAUGGGUGCGAUGGAGGUAUCCCAGUUUGGCGAUCUGGCAAGUUGGUUCAUACCGAGUCAGAUGAUCAAGGGUAUGGGUGCUGCAUUUGAUUUCGCAAGCGCCUCUCGCAGUGUUGGCGGACAUACAAGGCUCGUGGUCUGCAUGGAACAUUUGGCGAAAGGGGGCAAACAGAAGAUUGUGGGCAACUGCCAGUUGCCGUUGACUGGCCGGCGCGUAGUGGACAUGAUCAUUACCGAAAAGUGCGUCUUUAGGGUUGAUCCGGAAGACGGUCUUUUGCUUACCGAGAUCGCUGAGGGCGUCAGCAUCGAAGAAAUCAUCUCUGCGACGGCACUCUGUCGAUGCGAACCUUCACCGCUUCAUAUUGGUGUCUUGGAUAUAACUGCUGUUCGUGAUAUGUCUAUAGUAUUUUCAUAUUUGUAA